AUGCAAUCGCGAUCUGUCGAUACAACGGCCGAGUUUGAAAUUGCCGAAGGUGAACCAAAGAACACACUUGUCGGUUAUAUUCCAACGAAACCCGGGUUCAAGUACCGCUUUAACGAGCCACGCAAAGAAUUCUCCCUGGAUGCAGUUACGGGCGAAAUUCGCACACUCGUCGAAUUGGAUCGCGAGCAAAAUGACCACUAUGAUUUGGUGAUUUUGUCGUCGCAACCCACAUAUCCGAUCGAAGUACGCAUCAUAGUCACGGAUAUUAACGAUAAUUCCCCCGAAUUUCCCGAACCAAUGAUCAAUGUGACAUUUUCCGAAGCGACUCCAAUACAAAGAAUUUUACUAGAUGUCGCCCGGGACAAAGACAUCGGCUCGAACAGCAUCUCCGAUGACUACAAAAUAAUCGGCGGCAACGAAGAAGGAAGAUUUCAAUUGGCGGUCACUACAAAUCCGAGUGGCGACAUCACCUAUCUCCAUCUUGAAACGACAAAUUCACUUGAUCGGGAGACUUGUGGCAUGUACAUGUUAAAUAUUUCCGCCAGAGACAAUGGCAUCCCUCAACGUUAUGGAUACCUGCAAGUUAAUGUGACAGUCCUCGAUGUCAACGACAAUCCGCCAAUUUUCGAUCACAGCGAUUAUAUUGUCACUUUGAACGAUUCGACGCCGCCAAACACCAAAAUUCUCGAAGUUCAUGCCUCGGACAUUGAUUUAGGGAUAAAUGCCAAAAUAAAUUACUAUCUCCCGAACACGGAAUACCAAUUCAGCAUCGAUCCGGAUACAGGUGCCAUUUACACGACAGACAAACUUUCCUGUCCCCGACGACAGGAUUGCAACGAAUUCGCCCGAAAUCCCGGGCAGUGUCAUCGUAGUUGCGUUUUUACCGUUUAUGCGCAGGAUUUUGGGAGUCCCCGUCAAAACGGGCGAACUUAUGUCACUGUCAACCUUUUAGACUCCAACGAUCACGAUCCGAUAAUAAAAUUUCAAUUUUUCCCCUCGACUAGUAAAGUUGCCACAGUUGAUGAAAACGCCGUUAACGGCACAGUUGUCGCUGCAAUUUCCGUUUUAGACAUGGAUGAAGGCACGGAUGGUCGAACUUCGUUGAAAAUUAUUGCUGGCAACGAAUUGGAUCACUUUCGCUUGGAAUGGGCAACCAGUUUUUACCUCAUGCGCGUCAACAGUGUCUUGGAUCGUGAGGAAAUUAGCAAGUACAAUGUCACAAUUGUCGCUACAGACUCGGGAAAACCGCCGCGCUCGUCCAUGGCAUACCUGAUUAUUGAAGUAAAUGACGAAAAUGACUACGAACCAGUUUUUGAAAAGUCUGAAUAUCAAAUUACCUUGUCGGAAGCGGCUCCGAUCAACAGUUACAUUUUGGUGACAUUAGCUAAAGACGAAGAUACGGGCGUAAAUGCGGAAAUUUCGUAUGAUUUUGUGUCGGGGAAUCAACGACAAUGGUUCAAAAUUGAUCCAAAAACGGGAUUAAUUACGACAAACUCGAUUCUGGACCGCGAAAUUCAAGAUACGAUCGUUUUGAAUGUCUCGGCGCAUGAUGGCGGUCCAAAUCCCAAGUACGCUUAUAGUUUGGUGAAAAUUGUGUUACUCGACGAGAACGAUGAAUAUCCGAAAUUUGUGAAAAAUGAAGUUAACGUGACAUUUCCGGAAAAUAAUCAACCGAAUACGCUGAUAACGACACUGACAGCGGUCGAUUUAGAUCAAGGCACGAACGGGAGUGUCGUUUAUUCCUUACAUCCGAUCGAUUCGUACAAAUAUUCCAAAAUUUUCGCAAUUGACAGCAUUUCCGGGAGACUUGUUGCUAAAAUUAAACUCGAUCGGGAGAUCGCUUCGAGCUACAAACUUCGAAUUAUUGCCCAGGAUCAAGGUGUUCCGUCGUUAAGUAGCGAAGCGGUUGUUCACGUGACCAUUAACGACAUCAACGAUAACUUCCCGAUAAUUUAUCCGACCCAAAUUUUCAUCAUUUUAGACGAAUACACGCCGAUUGGAACGCAAGUGGCUCAAGUAACAGCUACGGAUGCCGAUACCGGCUCAAAUGGCGUUGUGAGUUACAGUUUCGAGAAAUCCGACUUGUUUAACCUGGAUUCCAAAACGGGAGCGAUUUUCGUGAAAAAUAGCGUAAAAAACUAUUUGGGACAGUCGCAAAAGUUUAAAGUUCACGCCUCAGAUGGAGGCAACAAAUACGCUCAAACACCCGCUACAAUUCAAAUAAUGAAGAAAAAUGACGUGAAAAACGUGAAUUUCGCCCAAAACGAGUACAAUUUCGAGCUCGUGGAAGAUAACGGUAACUUACCUCCCGUUUUAGGACGAAAAGUCGGGCAAGUAAAAGUUGAAAACCGUGGAUUGCAAAACUUUAUCGCAGAAAGUCUUGAAUUUUUCAUCGUCGAUGGCGAUCCAAACGGAAAUUUCAAGGUCGAUUCAAGGUCAGGGGUCAUUUCCACGGCAAAAGCGAUCGAUCGUGAGCUGAUUCAACAGUAUUCGUUGACAAUUGUUUGUUACACGGGCGUCGUUUACGGCAAAGUGACCGUAAAUAUAGAUAUUUUGGAUGUAAAUGACCAAAGUCCCACUUUUGACAGCAGUUGGGAUGAAAUUUUACUUGACGAAGACACGCCCGUGGGUAAAGAUAUCUACAUUUCGCGCGUCAAAGACCUCGAUGAACACAAAAGUGCGCAAGAAAUGAUCUUCAAUUUGCUGGAAAACCCUCAUGAAGUGUUUUACAUAUCGCAACAAGGUGUCCUGUACCUCAAUAAAACGCUGCAACUUGAACCGGGAACAGUUGUUUAUGUCAAAAUUCAGGUUCAGGACUCAUCGGAUGCGACUUUGGCUUCUACAAUGACUCUCAAAAUCACAAUAAAUGACGUAAAUAAUCACUCACCGGUCUUUGACUUUACCUCGUACGAGACUUCGUUGUCGGAAGGUACUCCCCUCAACACGAGAUUCUUCCUUCUAAAGGCCUCCGAUGUCGAUUUGAACGAAAAUGGUCGCAUAAUUUACGAAAUUUCCGAUGGAAAUGAAAAUGACAAGUUCGGCGUGUUCCCCGAUGGCUAUUUAUACGUCAAAAAUCAGCUGGAUCGUGAAGAACGGAACUAUUACUCGCUUUAUGUGACGAUCCGGGACAAUGGAGUGCCUGUUCGGAAGUCUACAGUACCAAUUGUGAUCCACGUCAAAGACGAAAACGACAAUAAACCAUAUUUCACGAACAAUACUUUCACGUAUACCAUUUCGGCGGGCGAGCCAAAGAACUCUUUCAUCGGAAAUUUGCAAGCCAACGACAAAGAUAUCGGUCGAAAUGCCGAAUUAAUUUACGCAAUUCUCACAAAUCAGGAUGAUUUCGAGGUAGAUGCUCGUACGGGCUUCAUUAAAACCUUGAAACCGCUGAAAAAUGCCGGGCAAGAGAUCCGUUUCGAGGUUUCCGUGUCAGAUAACGGCGAAAAAGUGCGUUGGAGUGACAAAGCAACUGUCGUGGUGACUGUGAAAGAUGUCCAGAACAAAGCCCCGGAAUUUGCGAGAGAAAUUUAUUCGGUUAAUGUCUUGGAAAAUGCGAAUAUUGGAGCAGUUAUUUACACAAUUCAUGCCUCCGAUGCCGAUUCGUAUCACUUAAUCUCUGGAAACGAGCUUGGAUUUUUCAAAAUUCAAAAAGAAAGUGGCGUAAUUUCUCUUGUGAAAGGUCUCGAUCGGGAAAUGCAAGAUUUUUACGAAUUAAAAAUAUUUGCUGAGAACGGAAUUAAGCUCAAUAGUACUGCAAUUGUUAAAAUUCACGUUCAAGAUGUCAAUGACAAUCGCCCAGAGGUGACGACAAAAUCUUUUUCCUCGUCGAUUGAAGAAAAUGCCGUUUCUGGCACGAAAAUUGCCCAAUUUUACUGUAACGAUGCCGAUUUAAAUGAAAAAUUAACAUUUUCCAUCACGCAUGGGAACAAAAGAGAUCUUUUCCGCAUCACAGAAGACACGGGAAUUCUUCUUCUUCAUAAAACUUUGGAUUAUGAGGACACUCCGAUGCAUCAAAUUAACGUCACAUGCUCGGAUAGUGGCACUCCAUCCCUCGCGACAACGAUUUUGUACAAAAUUUUUGUCAUCGACAUCAACGAUAAUCGUCCCAGCUUCCCAAAUACCGCCGUUAUUCGUCAAAUUAAGGAAGGCCUGCCGAUAAAUAGUAAAAUUCUAACGUUACUUGCUGAAGAUUUGGAUUCCGGUAACAAUGGCAAGAUAAAAUACAGCAUCGUCAAUGAAAGUCCCAAAUUUGACGGGUAUCCGUUUUUUGCGAUAAACGACACAACGGGCGUCAUUCGAACGUUACGCGAAAUCGACCGUGAAAUUAUCGACAAUUUCAAGCUGACGAUCAAGGCAACGGAUCAAGCAAGUGAUCCCAUGAAACGACUCGCCUCCGAGAAGCUCGUGACCGUUAUCGUCGAAGAUGUGAACGAUAAUGCGCCGGAAUUUAUCUCCAUGAAUGCCGUUAUCAAGUCUCUCGAUGAUGUCCGUGACGGGGUUUUGAUGAAAAUUAAAGCGCGUGACAUUGAUGCCUCGACAAAUGGCGAAGUUUCGUACUCGUUGGUCCAUCAAGCGCAAAAUACGGAAAAUUUAUUUCAAAUUAACCGGAAUACGGGAGCAUUAUCGAUGAAACAAUCGAUUAACAAAUCGAUGAAACAACGUUUGAUGAUACGUGCGACAGAUGAAGCAGCUCAAAAUGAACGAAAAAGUACGGAUUCGUAUUUGACGAUCAUUCUGGCGGACAAAGAAAAUGGCCCGGUGUUUGAUAAAACGGAGUUAGUUGGAAGUGUUUACGAAAAUGAACCAACUGGCACGAGUAUUUUGAAAAUUAGUGCGAAGCCAACCUCAAAUAAUGGGGGAAAUGUUGAAUAUUAUGUGACUAAUGUCACGAAAGAUGAUGAUGAAAUCGCCGAUAGAUUAUUUGAUGUCGAUCCAAAGACGGGAAUUUUGUCGACAGCAAGUGUUUUGGACAGAGAAGGUGGCAAUGACUUCUACAUGGUCGAAGUAACAGCGAUUGAAAUGCAAAAAAGUUCCAUCAAAGCGUCAUCGUUGAAGGUUCGCAUCAACAUUCUCGACAAAAAUGAUUCCCCGCCAAAAAUUGAUGAACCCAUCAAAUUUAGUGUGUCAGAAAAUGAAGAUGUUGGUUUCGUUAUAGGAAAAAUUUCCGCUACCGACGCUGACUUAACAGGCCAUCUCCAAUAUCUGUCGGAAGACAACAAAUAUUUCAAAAUUGACAAAGAUUCCGGCGAAAUUCGGGUCACAAGUCCCUUGGAUCGUGAAAAAAUCGACAAAUUCGAGCUCGCUGUGCAAGUUACCGACGAAAUUCAACACACAAAUUCUACCGUUGAAAUUGACGUCAUCGAUGUUAAUGAUAAUGCACCCGAGUUUCUCAAGUUAUAUUCGUUUGAUGUGCCAGAAAAUGUUACUUUUGGCUAUGAAGUUGGUCAAAUUGAGUCUGUCGAUAGUGAUCUCGGUCAAAAUGCACAAAUAAAAUAUAGCAUUGUGUCAAAUUGGGCGAAUGAUAUCUUCAAUUUGGACAGUAAUACGGGAAUUUUGACUGUAACUGGGAAAUUAGAUUAUGAAGAGACACAACAUUACAUUUUAAUUGUGCAAGCAGAAGAUAAAGGAGAGCCAUUGAGUUUGAGCAGCACCACAACUGUUUAUUGCAACGUUAUUGACUUGAACGACAAUGCGCCGUACUUUGUUGCGAAACAUUAUAGCGCUGCGAUUCUUGAAAAUGUUGCUGUUGGCACGAAAGUCAUGUCUGUCGAAGCUUUGGAUGAGGAUUCAGGCGAAAAUGGUCGAAUUACGUACUCAAUUGAGUCAGGAAAUGACAAAGGAGCCUUCGAAAUCAACAAUUCAGGAGAGCUUUACACAAAAACUUUGCUAGAUCGAGAAGAAACCCAAAUGUACACGUUAAAUAUCAAAAUUGAGGAUAAUGCGAGACUCGUUUCUGAGAGACUUUCUGCCACAACUCAGGUCAUAAUUUACCUAAAAGACGUCAACGACGAAGCUCCAAAUUUCGUUAGUCCAAACCACACGACCGUAAUGGAGAACAGCAUUGUCAAUUCCAUCGUUAUGAGCGUAAAAGCUGUCGAUCGUGACGAAGGAAAUAACGGAUUGAUCAAAUACAGCCUUUAUUCCGACAAAUCUGUGCCAUUUACGCUCGGCAGCAAUGACGGUGUCUUGAAAGUUUCGGGUCCCAUCGAUCACGAAUUGCAGAAGGAGUAUUAUUUGUACGUCACGGCGCACGAUCACGGCAAUCCAAGUCUCUCGACUGCGAUGAAUCUCACGGUAGAGGUCUUAGAUGAAAAUGACAAUUCGCCAGUUUUUGAUCCGAAACACUAUUCGGCGUCGAUUGCGGAAAAUGCGAGUAUUGGAACGAGUGUUUUGCAGGUUUCUGCAACCGACACCGACGAAGGCUACAACGGCGAAGUCCGUUACUCAAUCAUCUCGGGCGACGUCAACGAAGAUUUUUCCAUCAGCGAAGACACCGGAGUCGUUCGUGUCGCCAAAAACUUAAACUACGAACGAAAAAAGCAGUACAAUCUCAUUGUCAAGGCCGAAGAUCGCAGCAAGGACAUCAAUCUGGCAGAUGCUCGUUUCGACACUGCUGACUUGAGGAUCACCAUCAAAAAUAUCAACGACAACAUCCCGCUAUUUCUGGAUUCGCCAUACGUCGUUUCCAUCAUGGAGGAGACAAUUUUACCGAAUGACGGAUACUUUUUGACGGUAAAAGCGUUCGAUGCCGACUACGGCACGGAUUCGCAGAAACAUUUACGUUACUUUUUAAAGGAAGGCAGUGCCGACCUCUUUUCCAUUAGUUCCACGGGUGACAUUUCACUGCGUACUGUUCUCGAUAGGGAAAAGGAAGCAAAACACACGUUAACUAUAAUCGCCAUUGACUCGGACAUUCAAACGUUUACGGGAACAGGAACAGUUCACGUGCAUGUUCAAGACAUUAACGACCACGCGCCAAUUUUUGAGCAACAAACUUAUUUCGCGACUGUUGAGGAAAAUCGCCCAAAUAGCGUUGUUGCUCAGGUAAAAGCGUUCGACGAGGACUUUGGGUUAAAUUCUCUCAUAAAAUACACCUUGGAAGGUCCCUUUUCCGAUCGAUUUGACAUCGAUUCCUUCACCGGAGAGGUUCGAUCUUUAGUUAGCUUCGACAGAGAAGAGUUGCCAUAUUAUUAUUUUAAUGUCUACGCCACGGACCAAUCGCCAAUCAAUCCGCGAACGACUAAAGCGAAUCUUACGAUCAAAAUUUUGGAUGAAAAUGACAACGCUCCAACAUUCAAUCGUGAGUUUUAUAACAUUUAUUUGCCGGAAAACCUCGAAAAAGAUCAAUUUAUCUUCGGAGCACUUGCUACUGACACUGAUGAGGGUCCCAAUGGCAUGAUCGAAUACACCUUAGAAGGCAAUGAUGCCGAUUUGUUCUCAAUUGACCCGAUUACAGGCAUUGUUCAGACCCGAGUUGACCUUCGCGACAUCCAUGACUACAAAUUUUCCAUCAAAGCCGAAGACAUGUCCGAAGAAGAAGAACGAAAAUUCUCCGUUUGUACCGUUAUUGUGUCUAUUAAACCUUCGAAACUCUUUCCGAAAUUCAUUUCCAACAAAAAUGACUUCAGUUUCAAUGAAAACGUCGCCAAAGGACAACUUUUUGCGACAAUGCAAGCCACUUCUCCCAAAACAGGUCGUGCUUCGACCAUAAAAUACUCAAUAGCAAGCGGAAAUGCCGUCGCCAUUAACGAAACCACGGGAGCUUUGUCCAUAAGUGACAUCGGACUCGAUUACGAAAGUUCAAGCGAGUACAAAAUUUGGGUCGCUGCAACAGAUUCUGACUCACCGCCACUCACGACGACACAAAUGAUCAAAAUUAACGUCAAAGAUGUCAACGACAAUGCUCCAGUAGCGUCAAAGGACCUUUACGAAGUCACAGUUAUGGAAGAAGAAUAUCCGCCAGUUCGAAUUGUCACGAUUGAAGCAACUGACAAAGAUACCGAGAAAAAUGCCGAGUUUCGGUUCUUUUUGAACGAUUCGAUCGACGAAAGUUUCGAAAUCUCCGAAGAAACUGGCGAAAUUCGAACUUUAAAGAAACUCGAUCGCGAACAACGUUCCAGUUACGAAUUGAAGGUGAAAAUUGUCGAUAUGGGAUCGCCAGCGAUGACGGGAUCGACAACGGUGAAAGUUAACGUUCUCGAUAAAAAUGACAAUCCGCCACGAUUUACGCGACUUUUUAACGUAAAUGUCACAGAAAAUGCAGAAAUUGGAUUUUUCGUCAUUCGUGUGACUUCUAUCGACUUGGAUGUAGGCGAAAAUGCGAAUGUCACGUAUUUGCUGUCAGAAAAUCCGGGAAAUAAGUUCAAAAUUGAUCCGUUGUCGGGUAAUGUAACAGUUGCUGGUCACUUGGAUCGCGAGCAAGAAGAAGAGUACAUUUUGAAAGUUGUAGCGACUGAUGGAGCUUGGCGUUCUGAAACAACUCUCUCGAUUACCAUUCAAGAUGUCAACGAUUGUGCUCCGAUAUUUGAACACAGCUAUUAUAGCUUUAAUUUUCCCGAAUUUCAGAAGAAACGGGCUUUCGUGGGACAAGUUGUAGCCAAUGACCUUGACAAAGGUGGUCCAAAUUCGAUAAUUUCCUACUCACUUCAACGACCUUCCGAUAUUUUCACUAUUGAUCCAGCCUCAGGUGAGAUUUUCAGUAAGAGAAUUUUGCAUUAUAAACAAACAAAGUUCUCGCCCGAGAAUAUUUAUUCGUUUGUGGUGUUGGCGACGGACAAUGGCAAGCCUCCGAUGUACUCCGAAUGCGUUGUGAACAUCAAUAUCAUCGAUGCCAACAACAAUAGUCCGAAAUUCCUGCAAAGUACGUACAUUAAACCGGUACUUCAACACACGAAAUACGGACAACAAAUAAUUCAAGUGGAGGCGGUUGAUACUUUAGACUUUGGCAUCAAUGCGGAAGUUUCUUAUACGAUUACCGGCGGAAAUGGCUCGCACUUUUUCAAUAUCAACCAUAAUGAUGGCUGGAUUUCGACAAGUCGUCAAAUAAUCGAUGAAAUUAAUCAAGUGUUUGUACUUCAGGUUAAAGCUCAGGAUCGUGGCAUCCCUCCGCAGUCGGAUGAGGCUCUUGUGAAAAUCAUCGUGAGUGGUCAGAAUAAAAAUACGCCAGUUUUUACAGCUCUCAGCUAUCAAGUGAUCGUUCCGGAAAACGAACCUGUAGGUUCAACAAUUCUAACGAUCAGUGCCACGGAUUCCGAUGACGGAUUAAACGGAAAAAUUGUUUAUUCCAUCUCGGGCGGCAAUGAUCGCAAUGAAUUUUCGAUAGAUCCAAACACAGGAGCAGUUAAAAUCACAAAGCCAUUAGAUUAUGAAGUUGUUUCAAACUAUCAGCUGAACAUCACGGCACAAGAUCUUGGUUUCAUCUCUCACAGUUCAGUGGCAAUGUUGAAAGUGAUUGUCACAGAUAUCAAUGAUAAUGUUCCGUUUUUCGAAAAAGACGAGUAUCACGCUUAUUUGGCGGAAAACAGUCCCAUUGGAAGUUUUGUCAACUUUGUUGAACCUUUGGUUGCAAAAGAUCGCGAUUCUUCCAAGUUUGCUGUCAUUGAAUAUUCACUGUUGUCAGGAAAUGGCAAAGAUUUGUUCACUAUUGACGCAACAACGGCUCAAAUUAAGUCAAAAGUCGUAUUUGAUUUUGAAGAAGAAGAUUCAUAUGAGCUCAUAAUCGCUGUACGGAACCCAAAUAGCAAGUCAUUCAACAAAACCAAGUUGAAAAUUCACAUCACAGGCAUUAAUGAGUUUGUUCCGAAAUUUGUGCAGCAAGUUUUCCACUUUGACGUUCCUGAAUCUAAAGAAAUUGGAACCGUUAUUGGUACAGUAAAGGCCACAGAUCGUGAUUCUGGUCCCGAUGGUGAAGUUUUCUACCAUUUGGUUGGAAAUCACGACAAGGGUUUCAUGAUUAACAAAAAUAAAGGCGAAAUUAAGGUUGUUCGCCCGCUAGAUCGGGAGUCACAAAGUCGGAUAAUUCUCACAAUAAUGGCGAAAAAUGCUGGAAGUAUUCGAGGCAAUGACACUGAUGAAGCGCAAGUUGUUAUCUCCAUCCAAGAUGGCAAUGAUGCCCCUGAAUUCGAAGAGAAAUAUUAUGAUUUUACAAUUUCGGAAGAUGUGAAUCCAGAAAGCUUCGUCGGAAUGGUCAAAGCUACCGAUAAAGACAUAAAACCGCAAAAUAAUCAGUUUAGCUAUUUGAUCCUCGAUGGAAAUGUGAAUCAAUCUUUUACCAUUGAUGGGCAAACGGGUAAAAUUUUCACGCAAUAUCGCUUGGAUCGGGAGACACUGGCGCAGUACGAGUUGAAAGUCGGAGCGAUUGACACUGGAAUUCCGCCGCAAACGGGAACUACAGUUGUUAGUGUGACGUUAUCUGAUAUUAAUGACUCUGGGCCGAGGUUUGAAAGUGGCAGCUUGAUUGGAUAUGUGAUGGAAAACGAGCCACCGAGCACAAGUGUGAUGACUUUAUCUGCAAUUGAUGAUGAUCUACCGCCAAAUGGAGCUCCCUUUACGUAUACGAUGAUAACUGCGGGACGUCAAAAUUACUUUGCGGUCGAUAAGUUAACAGGAGUUGUUCGUACCACUCGAAGUAUCGAUCGUGAAAUGACCCCGGAGCUGAAAUUCGUUGUUGAAGUCGAAGAUAACGGUAGUCCAAAGAUAAAAACGCAACACACAGUCAUCGUACAAGUGCUCGAUAAGAACGACAACCCAUCACUGCCACGGAAAAUCCAUCUUGAAGUCUUGUUGUACAAAGGACACAUUUUACCAAACACGCUAAUCGGUAAUGUUCGUCCUACAGAUCCUGAUUUAACGGGAAAUUAUCGUUGUACCUUGUUAAAUGUUGAAACAAGCGGAUCCAAGGGUUCGAACAAUGAGUUUGCCUUCAACAAGGAUUGUCUUCUAGUCACUACUGAACAAACACGCCUACAAAAUUACACGUUGACCAUAAAAGGUAACGAUGGAUUGCAUCCUGACGUGCCGGUGUCUGUUUAUGUCUACUUCCAAAAGUUCAAUGAUGAAACAAUUCAAAAUUUGAUAUCGAUUUACGUCGCCAAUACCACAAUUGAGGAUUAUUUCUCGAAAAAUCAUGAAAAGUUCAGGGAUAUCAUCAAAGCAAGUGUUUCCAAAGAAGCGACUUUGAAAAUUUUCAGCAUCAAUACCAAAAAUGAAAGCAUUGAAAUUAUCGCUGGCAUAGAUGAUGCCGGAAAACUCAAAUCUGCUGAUUUCACAAAGCGUCUUUUGAUGAACAAAAUGGACUUGCUUUCAUCUCUUUUCCAAAGAAAAGUUGUAGUUGGAUAUUCGCCGUGUCAAGACGUUGCAUGCGAAAAUGGCGGCACUUGCAAGAGCAAACUUCAGGUGAGCGCACAUCAAAGUGUUGCGGAAACAGAAAACUAUGUCCUCGCAUCACCCAUGAUAACAAACGAUUACGAAUGUGUCUGCAUGGAGGGCUACUUAGGAGAUCAAUGCAAAAAUUUGAAGAAUGUUUGCACACCAAACCCGUGUCAAGCGGGCGGAAAGUGUCGACGACAGGGUUUCGACUUUCAAUGUUUCUGCCCCAUGGAUCGCGAAGGAAAAUAUUGCGAACUGGAAAAGGGUGAUUUGUGUUCGCAAGUAACUUGCCAGAAUGGAGGAACAUGCAAAGUUAAUUCUGAUGGCGUAACAUCGUUCUGUAUUUGUCGCCCGGGUUAUCGUGGUGCAAACUGCGAACAAAUUAUUGACACAUGUCGACCUAACCCAUGUCAAAAUGGAGGAAGUUGUAUUCCGCUGAAGCCUGGAUACAAGUGCACAUGUCCGAACGGAUAUUUCGGAAUUAAUUGUGAAAACUCCUCUUUUGGCUUUGGUGAGUUAUCAUACAUGCUGUUCCCCGAACUCGAUGCAACAACAAACGAUAUUUCCAUAAUUUUUGCAACAACAAAACCAAAUUCGCUUUUGAUUUAUAACUACGGAUUGCAAAUCGGAGGACGUUCAGAUUUCAUUGCUCUCGAAAUAAUUGCUGGAAAGAUCGUUUUCUCAUUCGGUGGUUCACAAACUGCGAUAACAUCCUUAGUGAUGGGCAGCAAUCAUCGCAGUGUCGCUGAUGGUAAUUGGUAUAAAGUGAUAGCUACGCGAAAUGGUCGCGUUAUGUCCUUGAGUGUUUCGAAUUGCACAGAUAAUGGGGAGACUUGUGAAAAAUGUCAAGUUGGAGAUUCAAAUUGUUACACAGAUGACAUUGGACCAACUUCAGCAUUGAACUUCAAUAAAAACUCCUUGUUAGUCGGCGGAAUUAUGAAUGAAGAUUCGAUCUUUAAUCGACCCGGGCAAGUUCAUACAGAUGACUUUAUUGGAUGCAUUCACAGCAUCAUGAUCAAUGGUCGUCCUUUGAACUUGAACAGUUCGAUUAAGUCAAGUAAUGUUCAACCACGUUGCAAUCGUGUCAAUGGUUUAUGUAGCAAAAGUUCAAAGCUCAAUACUUGUGAUAAAGCAUCACCUACCUCAUGUAUCGACCAUUGGGAUCAAGUAAUGUGUGCCUGUCAUGAUAACAUCUUUGCUCGCGACUGCGAAACUUCAUUCCAACCUAUUUCACUCACUGAAGGAGCUUAUGUCGAAGUUGUGAUUGGCAAUAAAUUCCGUCGAACGCAACUUUUGCCUUCGUUUUACAUCGGAAAACAUGCCUGGUAUAGCAAACUUAACACAAGAAGACGCGAAAUCAAAGCAAAUAGCAUGACAGCAUUCCAACUUGGCGAGUUUCAACUUAGCCCUCCGCGAUUCGUCAGCAUUUCCUUCAAAACUGUCAAUCCGAAUGGUUUACUCUUGUUCUCCAACACAAAUUCGAACAAAUAUUAUUCAAUAGUUGAACUACGAGAUGGUCAAAUAGUCUACACAUCAUUCAAGGGAACAAAAGUUACCUUAAUGAGCAAGCAACCAACAUACUUUGCCGAUGGUGAAUGGCAUACAGUUCGCAUAACGAUCGAUUCAAAAGUCGUUAAGAUGACCGUCGAUUCUCAAUCGAUCUAUGAAGAGCUCUACGUGUCCGAACUUCAUGACAUUCUCGAUCCGUAUUUGACGGAAAUGUUCAUCGGUGGCAUUGCAGAAAGUUUUGUCCCAUCAGACGUAAUGUUCAAGAGCUUCGAAGGAUGUCUCGCAAACUUCACAGUGAAUGAUGAAGUUCAAUCCUUAAGUGGAAAUGGAGGAAUUUUCACCAACGUCAAGAAACAUGGAAAAGUUUUCAAGAAUUGUUAUGACUUGGCAAAGUUGGGAGGCGCGCAAGUUGCUGAUCCAUUAAGUAUUGGAUUGUCGCUCGUCAUUGGGUUCAUUGUGAUAUUGCUGAUUGCUACAGCGGUUUCUUUUGUCUUUUUCCGUUUCCAUAAGCAACAGAAGGAAAAGUCAGGCAUUCCUCCAAUCACCCCAACUUCAAUGCCUUCAAAGCAAGGCGGAAGUACUGUGAUUCUUGGAAGAGCUUCGAAUGAAAUGCCGAUCGGGUAUCAUGGGGAUAAUAAUGAUCUCCUUCGAAGAAAAGGAAGUCACUAUACUGGGCAAGAACCGAUUACGAAAAAGAUGAAAGAUCGCGAAAUCAGUGGCAUUGAUAGUACUCAAAGAUCCCAAAGACCAGACAUCAUUGAACGAGAAGUUGUAAAAACCUCUUCGUUGCAAAGAGAUGAUCCUCACCAAUCGUUAUCGAUGCAUGAGCAUAAUUCCAACUUAGAACUUGAAGAAUUCGGACAUAAUUAUGACAUGGAUAACAAUAGCUCAAUUGCGCCUUACCAUUACAAAGGUUUCCGUGAUGGCGUUCGCAAGUUCAGAGCAAGUCCUUUGUCAAUGCCUGGAUAUCACAAACAUCAACAGCAACAUCGGCAUUCACCACAUCACGCUCCGCAUCAUGCCCCAUUUGUGCCGCGAGUUACGCCAACCAACAAUCAACAGGGUUUGGCAAAUACUACGCGACAACAUCAAACGACUCCUUUAGCGCGACUUUCUCCAAGUUCCGAACUAAGUUCACAACAUCCAAGGAUUCUAACCUUGCACGAUAUUUCCGGUAAGCCACUUCAAAGUGCUUUACUUGCGACAACUUCAAGCUCCGGAGGCGUUGGAAAAGACGUGCUUCAUAGCAAUAGUGAGCGAAGUCUCAAUUCUCCUGUGAUGUCCCAACUUUCAGCUCAAAGCUCUUCCGCUAGUCGCAAAAAUCUCAUGUCCCAUUCACAAAAACCAAACAUUCCAACGAUCAAUAAUGACGCGUUAGGUCUAACCACGGACGAAAUUGAACGAUUAAACGCUCGUCAACGCACUUCGAGUCUCGUGUCGACACUCGAUGCUGUCUCUGUGGUUAGCAGUAGUGAGCCACGUGUCGCCAAUACACAUUUACCGCAUCUGCAUCACGCACAAAACGAUGCAAUUAGCUCGACAUCAUCCGACGAAAGUGGAAACGAUAGUUUCACCUGCUCCGAAAUUGAAUAUGAUAAUAACUCGAUUGUCGGAGACGAAAAAUACCACAAUCCAACCGCAGAUGUGGCCAAAAAUGACGUUACCGAUAGUGUAAAUAAGCCGGAAUCAACGUUUGACGGCACUUAUGAUUCGUCGUUUCGCGGAUCUCUCAGUACCGUGGCGUCAGACGAUGAUUUGUCGUCGCACAUAGGGAAUAUUUAUAGGCAACCGACAGCGCAUUGGGACUAUCUUCUCAAUUGGGGUCCCAAUUUCGAGAAUUUAGUGGGGGUCUUUAAAGAUAUUGCCGAAUUGCCAGAUUCGGCAAAUGGAGGCACAAUGCGUUUACCCAAUAGUAUACAAAAACCGUCCGAAGAAUACGUGUAA